AUGGUUCUAGUUGUUCUUGACCUUCAAUCCAACUUGCUCCAAGGCCCACUUGUGAUGCUAGAUGCACCUAAUAUGCACACCUUAUUAGUUUCCAACAAUAUGUUGAUGGGAGAGAUCCCUCAUUUCAACUUGAGCUUUAUUCAAUAUCUUGAUCUGUUUUACAAUGGCUUGAGUGGAACAAUUCCACAAUCAUUAGCUAAUAACUUCAUUCAAUACCUUAACCUUAAUGGUAAUAAGUUGGAAGGGUCAUUACCACGUACUUUGGUUAAUUGUAGUAACUUGGAAGUUCUAAAUGUUGGAAACGACAUGAUCAAUGAUACUUUCCCUUAUUGGUUAGCAAACCUUCCAGAAUUGCAAGUUCUGAUAUUGAGAUCUAAUAGAUUCCAUGGUUUCAUUGGCGAACCCAAGACAAGAUUAGCAUUUCCUAAGUUGCGAAUACUUGACCUCUCUCACAAUCAAUUCAUAGGUAUUUUGCCAACAAGAUAUUUUGAGAAAUUUAAUAUGAUGUGUGGUAAGAAGCAUGAAGGUGAAUUGGAAUAUAUGAGAGAAGAGCUAGAUACAUUUAAUGCACUCAUUUGGAAUAUCCCGAUUUAUGCUCAAGACUAUUCCGUUAGUUUGAUGGUAAAAGGCGUUGAUAGAAAAAUAGACAAGAUUCUAACCAUUUUCGUAAUGAUGGAUUUGUCAAGUAAUCAAUUUCAAGGGCAAAUACCAACAGUCAUUGGAAAGCUUAAUUUCCUCCAAAUCCUCAACCUUUCUCAUAAUAACCUUAUAGGUCAUAUUCCACCAUUAUUGGAAAAUUUGACAAGUCUUGAAUCAUUAGACCUUUCCUUCAACAAGCUUGUUGGAGAGAAUCCUAGUCAGUUGGCAAGUCUGACAUUUCUUUCUGUGUUGAACCUUUCAUACAACCGACUUAUAGGCCCUAUACCUCAAGGAAAUCAAUUGAAUACAUUUCAAAAUGAUUCCUAUAUUGAAAACUUUGGGUUGUGUGGACUUCCGUUGUUAAAGAAAUGUGUUGAUGAUGAGCCACCAUCACCAAUACCGUCCAUCUACCAUGAAGGAGACGAUGAUUCGAGCUGGUUUGAUUGGAAAAUCGUUUUGAUGGGUUACGGAUCUGGACUAGUGAUAGGCUUGUCUAUGGGCCUUUAUGGUUUGUAUUAA